AGGCCCCAUGACCACCAAGACUCUCCCUCUCUGCUCCCACCUUCCAAUCUGCUAGUGCUCUUUCUCCUCCCCUCCUCUCCCCAUUCCUUCCUCGUUUCGGAACAGACAUCUCAGAAAGCGCUCGAUCCAUCGCCUCUGUGCCACGAGACUCUAUCGUCUCUCGAAUGGCGCCCGUGCAGCCCUUCGACCCGCCAUCCGCGGCGGCGCCCAGCAGCGCGAUGACGUACGAGCAGCUGCGGCAGGCGAAAAUGCAGGCGACGCAGCGCGCGUUCGCGGAGCUGCAGAGCCUAUCGGCGGACUUCGCGCAGGAGGCCAGGCGGCAGGCCGGCGAGCAGCAGCCGAAGCCCCGCCGGUCGUGGACUCAGCGCCAGCUCUUCGGGAAGAUCAGGCGAUCCAGCAGGCUGCAAAACUCCCCCGCCGCCCAAUACCACGAGCUAGAGGGACAAGUGCACAGCAUUGAACGCCGAACCUCCGCAGGUCGCCGAGCCUGGCAGGCUCGGCCUAUGGGUUCAGCAGGCUCGGCCGAGGUUGGUGCAGUGGUUCGGCGCGGGCGGGAGGAGUACACGGAGGAAGAUCUGAAGAAGCUUCGUGGGCACGUGAAGCCGUAUGACAUCAGCAUUGAGCGAAACAAGACGAGGGUGUAUGACCCUGUUAACGGGAAGACAUGCCACCAAUGCAGGCAGAAGACGCUGGGGCUGCGAACAGAGUGUGCGUCGUGCAAGGAUCGCUCGGUGUGUGGGCAGUUCUGCGGGGACUGCUUGUUCGUGAGAUAUGGAGAGAACGUUGAGGAGGCGCUAGCAGACCCCACAUGGGAGUGCCCUGUGUGCCGAGACAUCUGCAACUGCUCUAUUUGCAGGAACAGGAAGGGCUGGGGACCCACAGGACAACUGUUCCACAAGGUGUGGGGGGCGGGUUACCAGUCCGUUGCGCACUAUCUGAUGCUCACCCGAAUGGCAAAGGGGGGUGAGAUCAAAGGGGAGGAAGUGGAGGAGGUGGAGGAGGUGGAGGAGAGUGAGGAGGAAGGAGGAGAGUUAGGGAGUGGGGAGGGAGAAGCGGGAGCGAGUGGGGAGGAAGAAGGGGAGGAGGGAGGGAGGGAGGAGGGAGAGGAAAGAAGUGGCAUUGCGGCGAUACAAGGUCGCGAGGGGGAGAAUGAGAAAGAUGAGGAGGCAGGAGAAGGAAGUCUGGGAAGAAAGAGGAAAGGGAUGGCAGGAAGGGAAGGGAAGGAGGAAGUUGUGGAGGGGAAGGGGAGCAGUGUAGGGAAACGAGUAAAGGAUGAGGCUGUAGAGAUAACGAGCAGCAGGGGAGAGCGGGUAAAGGAAGAGAGGGCAGAGUGUCAGAAAGUACCAGGAAAGGAGGUGGGAAGGAGAGGAGAAGUGAAAGACGAGGUGGCGGGUGUUGAAGCCAUGGCAAUGGGAAUAAGGACAGAUAUGUGUGAGAAGAAGACACGUGACAGUAUGGCACGUGACAAUACAACGCGUCACAAUAUGGCGCGUGGCAAUACAAGGUGUGACACUAGGAUCUGGGGUGUCAAAGGUGGGUCGCUAGAGGAAGUACCCACAGGAGAAGGCACAAGGGGGGGGGAGGCGAAGAGAGAAAGGGUAAUCAUGACCAGAGGAGCGACGGCGAAGCUGGAAGCUGAAUCUGAAGCUUCCGAGUCUGCUCGAGUGUUGUUGUCCCGCAGCAUCCUGGCGCAAAUGGCAUUUGAGGUGACUCAAAAGACUCUAAAGACUCGAAAAUCAGCUCGAGUGUUGAAGUCCCAAAGGAUCCUCGCACAAAUGGCAUGUACCAUCCAGCAGUCACAAGCAUCAGCAGGCGGAAGGGCCUUGAGGCCGCCUAAGGGGGGAAGGGGAGGUUCCAGCUGCACAAGGGGAGAUGCAGUGGAGGGACGUGGGAAGGAGGCUGCAUCUGCGGGUGAAGGAAAAGGGGUGAAGUCGGGGCUUGAGGUGGUAACGAGAAGCUCUGUAAGGGGGAUGGGGAAGGUGGGGUGCAGCAGGGAGAAAAUGGAGGACGAGGAAAGUUUGAGGCGUCCCAAGGAGGAAUUUGAGUCGAAAGGCAAGGUGGAGGGAGAGGAGGAGGAUGGUGAUGAUGGCGAUGAUGUGGUGGAAGUUUAGUUUUGAGGCACCCAAAAACCGCGUGGUAUUAGGUGCAGAAUACUAGGGCCUCAAAAUCGUGUAAUAGAGGUCUGGUUAGUUCACGAGGCGCCUCAAUACUAGGGGGAAAGAAGCAGGGGGACGAGAUGGAGGAAGAAGAGGAUGAUGAUGAGGAUGUGAUGGAAGUGGUGGUGGGUGGGCAUAACAACAGCGAGAAAGGAGCAUAUCGGUAGAGAAGGAUGGUAUGUAUGUCAAACAUAUCCUUGUAUGUUGUUAUAGACUACACAGGGUUGUGCCUUAGAGAGUACAACCCAUUAGGUUAUAUUCCUUUGUAUGCCAUGGUUCUAAUCAUUGGUUAGCUUUGAUAUGGUAUCAUGAGCAGGUUAGGUCCCCCCCGCCCACCAGCGCUUCCGCCAUAGGUCCUAGCCAGGGUUCCUGCUAACUUUUAGGGCAGUCUGAGAAUCAGACGGGGUACA